AUGACCGAACAGAUGGGAACCCCUGGUUCGAACGCAGAUACCUCAGUCAAUGGAGGCAAGGCCGGCGCAUCCAAAGACAAAGCAUGUCCCUUUUGUCACCAGCAAUUCACUUCUUCCUCCCUAGGACGGCAUCUCGACCUGUACAUAAAACCGAAGAACCCCAAACCUCAAGACGGUGUACAUGAUGUGGACGAGAUUAGGAAAAUGCGAGGGGGAAUUACGAGGAGACAGCCGAGAAGUUCCACGUCGAGACGAGAAGGGUCUGCAUCAGCUGGCACGCCCAGUGUGGCCGACAGGAGGAGUCCUCGUCCUGACUCGGGGCGCGAAAUGAGAUCACCAAGUACGAGGAGAGAUGAUGAGCAGGCAGAGCGUCCACCAGCGCGGAAGCCGGGCUGGCAUGUUAACAUGCCUACUUGGGAAGCAACGGGGGUGAUGAACGUUAUUCCAAAUGUCAAAAAUGGAGAAUCAUCAAGGAGUGGGGACGAUCUUGAGAGGGAUGGUGGUAGGAGGUUGGAAAAUAGACAGCGAUCUGUGAGCAAGCAGAUGCUGGCGAAAACGACCUUUGAGCAGAAACAGAAGAUGAUGGAGGCGCUGGACAACGCAAAGGCUGCAGAAUUGGCGCUGCGCGAGCUCGUGGGGGCAGUCCGAGCAGCUAGAACUCGAGUUGACGGACCACCAACAUUCGACUAUGACCCCUUAACUCUCGAUUUCCCCGCGCUUUGCCUUCGAUGUCUACCUCCACCUCCUACACUAUAUCAAACCAUUCCAAUAUCCACCUCCUCUUCAUGGUCUGUACAACCACCCGAUGACCAACAAUACAUAGCUUUACGGGAACACUUUUCCAAGGAAUUCAACAGAUUCCGAGUGGCAUGUUCACUAGGUCGCGUACCUAUGGAUGAUAUGUCAUAUCCUCCUUCAGAUGCAUUCGAGACUUUAGAUGAAGCUGCAGAAAUGACAGCGAGGGCGGAAGCAGAGGCAAACGAGUUCGAAACCCGAAUAUCAACACAUUUACAUGCGGUAUACGCCCAAUGGAAUUCAUUACAGCCAGCCAGACGACAGGAAAUAUGGAUGUUGGAAAUGGCCCGUGGUCUAGGCCGGAAAUCCGAAGACAUUUCGAAACUUAAAAAGGAUUUGGAAAUUAGUCAUCAGGAAACUGCGCAUCUCAAGAUCCAGAUAGACGAACUCAAUCGACUGCAAUAUCCAAGAGAAUUCAGACUGGUGUCUCCCACUACCGUCCCAAUUUCAGGCGAGCUCAUGCACAGAUUAGGCGAGUUCACAACGACGAAAAAAUUAGUCGGAUAUAACCUGGAAGACAAACACAUGCAUCUAGAUACCCUCGUCAGCCGGGCCAUGGAACGCUGGAAAACCGUCGUCAAAGAAGCCCGAGGUAAUGGCAACAGUCUCGCCGCCCAACGCUCAUUAAGCGGGGAAUCAGCACCAUCAACCGCAUCCGCCCCGCCUACCAUCCAAACACCUAUCACCCCUAUUCCACAACCUCCACCGAAGACGAGCCAAGAUCAGAUCCCUAGACAGCCGCUAGCGCAGACCAAUGUUCUUGAUCUGGGAAGCGAUAUCGAUGCCGAUGCCGACGCCGAUAUGGAUGAUGAUGACUCGUAUAUGGAUCUUGCUGAUCAUGUCGCGCCUGCGAUACAGACAACUCAAAAUUUUAGACAUAAUGAGAGGUUGGAGGCGCCGGUUGUUCGGAAUGGGUAUGUGAGGAUUGGUGCGUAG